AUGGGUGCAGCUUAUGGCACUGCAAAAUCUGGAAUCGGUAUUGCAGGAGCAGCAACUUUUAAACCAGAACUUAUUAUGAAGACACUUUUACCAGUAAUUAUGUCAGGUAUCCUUGCAGUUUAUGGUCUUGUUAUGGCAGUCUUAAUAACUGGAUCUUCUCCACCCAAAAAGGAAGGCCGCAGAAGAAAGAAAGAAUAUAAAAAAAGUCAAGAGAUUAAGACGCUUUGGUGUCUUAUAUAUGGAGAUCCUCUCACAUCUGUCUUCCCAAUUGAUAUUGACACUAAUAAUGUCCAUUGGACAUUUAAAAGAAGUCAUUGA